CACAUUCCAUUUGAUCCGAGCUUGUGUCAGGAUGGACAGGGUGAUGAAGUUGGCCUCGCAGAAGGCAGUGGUAAUCUUCAGCUUGAGCUCAUGCUGCAUGUGCCACACCAUCAAGAGGCUCUUCUGCGAGCUGGGAGUCAAUCCUGCUGUUUAUGAGCUUGACGAAGACCCCAGAGGGAGAGAGAUGGAGAAGGCACUGGUCAAGCUGCUCGGCCGCAACCCCUCGGUGCCAGUCGUGUUCAUCGGAGGAAAGCUCGUUGGAUCCACCGAUAGGAUCAUGGCCCUUCAUCUUGGUGGCAAGCUGACUCCAUUGCUUCGGGAGGCUGGUGCUCUAUGGCUUUGAUCUCACUAUCAGAUUAAUCUCUCCUUCACAACAAGAAGUGAACUCAGGAUGAGUUUGGCUUUGCUUUUUGUAGCUUGUACUGAAGACCAUGCCAUGCAAAUAAGGUGUACAGCUUCUGCUGCUUCUUGAUGAACUGAAUCUAACAGAUAUGUUGUCACUGCUAGAAUUCAUGGAUGAGAUAAGCAGAAGUAAAAUCUCCCAGUUAAUCUUACAAAAUUCCUGAAAUAUAAUCCGAGUUACUGAUUCCUAAGAGUUGCAUGAAUCAUUUUGGCA